AUUAAAAGUGAACAAACAAUAUAUACACUUAUAUAUACUUAACCCACACCAUCUGGCUAAAAUACAGUAGAUUUCGAAAUAGUUCAUUCAAUAUAGAACAUCCAACAAAGAAGGUAUAUUAUUAUGCUAUUUCAGAGUGUCGAAAUGGAACACCGGGGAAAAGCGACACUCUUACUGUUACUUCUGGUAUUUCCUGUUACGCAUGCGUAUACUGAUGCUGAACUAACAGAGAUGCUGAAGGCUGGAUUACGUAACGUAGUUAGAGAAACAAUUAAUGCGCCUGUUACCGUAGAGAAUGGAAGCAUUCCACAAUGGUUGUCAGGUAAUUUUAUGCGACAUUCAUGUGGUGUGUUUGGUGAAACUGAUAACAUGAACAAAGUUCUUCCAAAUUAUGUUGGCCAUUUGUUUGACUGCUUCGAGAUUGGAAAUAAAUUCCGAAUCGAAAAUGGCCAAGUAACUUUUACAAAUAGAUGGUAUGACACCACGGUCAAUGAUAUAUACAACUUUUACGGACGCGAGAUGAACGAUUCCUCUUACUUCAUGUCUGGUACUUUUUCUAAAGUGAACCACAAGAUGUUGGACCUGUGGAGCGCAAACAUAUCAGAUAGCUCAAAAGUGCAAGAUGUGCCGCAUGUGAGCUGGUGGCAAAUUGGAAACGAGGCUAUAGCUAUGUCGGAGACUCCCAUUGGAGUUGUUGUUGACCCUAAUGAGGUGGCACAGAAAGGCUAUAUACACUAUAAUGAUGACAGUUUUGGAACUUCCGGUGACCAACGGUAUUCUGUAACCAACAAUCCUGCGCAUGAGCAAACAGAACCGGAUGGGACGUUGUGGAGUGCAGCCAGUGUUUUGGAAUUCACUUCUCACACAAACAUGAAAGUCAAACGUGUUGUGUAUAAAGUCGGAGCGGACAGGGUACGUCACGUGGUUGGCACGUAUCACCAUGACGACGCUGACCUGACGAAAUGCAUGCCGGGAAAACCGUAUCCGGAAUUCGGAGCACGAUUUGGAUACCUUCAUUCUUUUGCAAUGACAGAAAACUAUAUAAUUUUACCGGAAGUGGCAUACAUGUUCGAUCCAUGUUUUUAUACGCAUUACGACAAGUACGAACCUUUCUUCCCGCAGGGCUUUAAGUUCGAAAGUACUGGAUUCACUAGAGUACUGGUCAUGAGAAAAUCGGACGGCAUAUUUAUAGCAAACAUUACAAUGCCUCCAGUUUUCGUCACGCAUCAGCUUGGGGCCUACGAAGACGGAAAUUAUAUACAUAUGGACAUGUUAACGUAUAAUGAUUCGAGUAUAUACGACAGGCAUACGUAUGUUGACAAUCUACUUGGAGAGAAUCAUUACACAACGAAUGUCACUCGAUUCACAAUCAAUAUGGCUGACUUCUCUGCGCGCAUGCGUAAUCUACGUGGAGACAAGACGGUGCCAGCAGCUUUCGAAAUGUCCAAUAUAAAUUAUGCAUACUAUGGAAAGAAGUAUACAUACGCUUAUAUGGUCAGGAACUUUGACCGAAGAGAACAAAAUGCACUGACGAAGUUGAACGUAGACACCGGUGUCGAGGUAGAGUUUUUACUUCCGGAGGGCAUGUUCGUACAAGAACCUCAGUUCAUACCUAAGCCUAACGCCAAAGCGGAAGACGACGGCGUCCUCUUGGCCCAGGGUGUGGAUGGCAGAAAGAAUAAAGCAUUUAUGGUUGUCGUUGAUGCGAAAACAAUGUCUCUAAUCGGGCACGUGACUGCACCAGACAUUGCGCUGCUUGGUAUACAUAACAGGUUUUUCCCACUUCAUGUUGGAACUAUGCAGACUGCACCAGGAGGACCCAACACAGUGAUUGGCUAAAAGGUGUAUGAACAUGGCUGCAUGUACCAAAUAAAUUAGGCAGUGGAAGCUUUAUACUUUACCGAAACGUCAUUAUACGUUUCUAGAAUUAAAAAUUAAUUAAUAGAA